UACUAAACAAGACUGUAGCAAUGCUGAUGACUAUUGCUUCGAUAAAGUGUUCGUUCCGUUUGCCAGAAAUUUAAAUUGUAAUAUCUAUGACGUUAGAGGACCUCCCUCUGAUCCUAUGCCACCGCCAGAUUAUAUCAAUUACUUGACCAAACCUGAAGUUAUGAGCGCAAUUGGCGCAAAGACACAAUAUGUCGAAUGUUCCCAAACAGCCUAUUUAGCUUUUACAAAUACAGCGGAUUUGCAAGUUGCACGAACCUCUAUCCCCACUUUGAGCUAUGUUAUUAAUAGCGGUGUUCGUACUUUGCUGUAUCACGGUGAUGCUGACGCUAAUUGUAAUUGGAUUGGUGGACUGAAUUUAACUAAAUCUAUCCCAUCGAAAUACCAAAGCCAAUUUAAUUCUCAGAAAUUACAAAAUUUUAUAGUCAACGGCCAAACAGUUGGUCAAGUUCAAUCUUCACAUCAUUUAUCCUUUGUAAAUAUUUAUCAAGCUGGCCAUGAAGCACCAUUUUAUCAACCACAAACUUCAUACAUGAUGUAUACUCGGUGGAUAUCUAGACAGAUUUAA